AAUUUAUCUUAUAAAAUAUAGAAUCGUAUUAUAUUUCAACAAACAUUAGGAAAAAAAAUCCCCAAAAGAUUAUAUGUCAUCAUCAAAUUUGGUUCAACAUAGGUGAUUAGAAGAAGUAAAACACCCCCUCAAAAAAAAAAAAAAGAAUAAGUAAAACAGAAUAUCCAAACAAAGAAACCAAACCGAGCUUGUUAAUCAUACUUACACAUAUAGUUUAAGAUAAGCACUCCAAACAAAAACAUAGUAGAUUUAGGAUUACAACAACUAUAAGUAUCAACCCAGAAAAAUUAAUCCUUUAUACUUCAACCUAAAUUAGAUUUCCCUCGUUCUUUUAGAUCAACAAAAAAGAAAAGAAAAGAAGAAGAAUAACCCAGAAAAAAAGAAAAUCAAACCAAAAAAACCAAGUUCUUCUUCAAUCAACUGUGCCCUACUUUAGAUCUCAGCCGUCUGAUCAAUUACAUCAAUGGGUGUUCCGGCAUUCUACAGAUGGUUAGCUGAUCGUUACCCAUUAGCAAUUUCCAACGUUGUUGAAGAGAAAUCAAUGGAGGGUGAACCAGUUGAUAUUUCAAAUCCUAAUCCCAAUGGAAUGGAGUUUGAUAAUUUAUACUUGGAUAUGAAUGGAAUUAUUCAUCCUUGUUUUCAUCCUGAUGGAAAGCCUGCACCUGCAACUUAUGAUGAUGUAUUCAAAACAAUUUUUGCUUACAUUGAUCAUAUAAUUUCAUUGGUUCGUCCAAGGAAGGUUCUCUACAUGGCAAUUGAUGGAGUUGCACCAAGAGCUAAAAUGAAUCAGCAACGUUCAAGGCGCUUCAGAGCUGCAAAAGAUGCUGCAGAGGCUGAAGCAGAGGAGGAGAGACUGAGGAAAGAUUUUGAGGCUGAAGGAAGAACUCUAGCCACUAAAGAAAGACGAGAAACAAGCGACUCAAAUGUCAUUACUCCUGGUACAGAAUUUAUGUAUGUGCUCUCAGUGGCACUUCAGUAUUAUGUACAGAAGAGAUUGAACAACCACGCUGGCUGGCGGAGGAUGAAGGUUAUUCUAUCUGAUGCUAAUGUACCCGGCGAAGGAGAACAUAAAAUCAUGUCGUACAUUCGGUUGCAAAGAGAUCAGCCUGGUUUUGAUCCUAAUACUCGACAUUGCCUGUAUGGAUUGGAUGCUGAUUUGAUAAUGUUGGCUUUGGCCACACAUGAGGUGCACUUUUCAAUUCUGAGAGAGGUUGUCACUCUGCCUUCACAGCAGGAGAAAUGUUUUCUUUGUGGCCAAGGUGGUCAUCUGGCAGCUGAUUGUCGUGCUAAGCCUGAUGAAAAUGGAAAAUUGGUAGAUGAUACCCCUGUUUACAAGAAAAAAUAUCAGUUCCUCAACAUAUGGGUAUUAAGAGAAUAUCUACAAUAUGACCUGGAGAUUCCUGAUGCACCUUUUCCUACAAAUUUUGAACGGUUAAUUGAUGAUUUUGUGUUCCUGUGUUUCUUUGUUGGCAAUGACUUCCUUCCGCAUAUGCCUACAUUAGAAAUACGAGAGGGUGCUAUAAACCUGUUGAUGCAUGUAUACAGAAAAGAAUUUGCAGCUACAGGUGGUUAUCUGACUGAUUCUGGUGAAGUCUUUCUAGAUAAAGUGGAACAUUUUGUUCAAUCAGUUGCUGUUCAUGAAGAACAAAUCUUCCAGAAACGGGUUCGCAUGCAGCAGAUGUAUGAGAACAAUGAGGAGAUGAAGAACAAGGCAAAACGAGAAUCAAGAGAACCUUUUGAAGAGCCACAGCCUCCAGCGGAAGACAAGAUCAAACUUGGGGAGCCUGGGUAUAAAGAGAGGUAUUAUGCAGAGAAAUUUGGUGCAACAACUCAGGAUGAAAUUGACAAAAUUAGGAAAGAUGUGGUCUUGAAGUACAUAGAAGGUUUAUGUUGGGUUUGCCGUUACUACUACCAAGGUGUUUGCUCAUGGCAGUGGUUCUAUCCGUACCAUUAUGCUCCGUUUGCCUCUGAUCUGAAAGAUUUAGUUGAUUUGGAAAUCACCUUUUUCUUGGGAGAGCCAUUUAAGCCUUUUGAUCAACUCUUGGGAACUCUACCAGCUGCAAGUUCCGAUGCUUUGCCACAGAUGUACAGGAACUUGAUGACAGACCCAUCAUCACCUCUGGUUGAUUUUUAUCCGUCUGAUUUUGAUAUCGAUAUGAAUGGUAAACGCUUCGCUUGGCAGGGUGUGGCAAAGUUACCAUUCAUCGAUGAAAAGAAAUUGCUUGCUGAAACUAAUAAACUUCAAGAAACUUUGACGGUAGAAGAGCAGCAUCGGAAUACUGUGAUGUUUGAUAUGUUAUAUGUCCACCCUGCUCAUCCUAUGGGUUCUCAAAUUGUUUCAUAUUACCAUUUCUACUAUCAGACGCCUCCUAACCAAAGAUAUGCUUGGCCAAUUGACAGCUAUGCUAGUGUUGGGAUGAAUGGUUAUUUAUGGUUAUCUGAGAGGAAUGGAUGGAGGCAAGUGGUCCCUUCCCCAGUAUAUGGGCUACCAGAUAUUACGAACAAUCUAGCUUUGAAUGUAACAUACUUGAAUCCCCUGCCUCAUAAACACAUUUCAGAGCCUCCAAAGGGUGUUAACAUGCCAGCUAAGGUGGUAAAAUAUACUGACGUGAAACCUUUCCCCGCAUUAUGGCAUGAAGACAAUGGCAAUAGGCGUAAUUUUGGACGUGGAAGGCCUCAAGUACCAGGAACAAUACGUGGGCCACAAUUGGGGGAAGCUGCUCACCGCCUUCUCAAAAACACGUUGAAUAUUAAACAUGCUGAUUCAUCUCCUGGAUUAUUGGAAUAUAUGCCCCAUCCAAAUCAUCCAGGAAACCCUUUGUUUAAUAGGCCAAGGCCAGCUGGACCUUCGGGGUACGAAAGAGGUUACUAUGAUGAUAGCAAUUACUAUAAUGGGCAGCAUCAUAUGCCCCGACCCAUGUCAAAUGGCCACAGGCCACCCUAUGAGUCACGUGGAAGUAGACACAAUGACCGCGAUUUGGGAGCAGCUAUGUCGAAUUUGACACUAGGAGGGAUUAGGAAUAGACCACCAGCAAUGAUGAGAUCAAGGAACCAAAAUACUGGGCCAACACCCAUGCCCAAUCAACAAAACAGCUAUGUCCAAAAUGUUGGUCAGCUUCCAUCACCGCCUAUGAAUUGGAUUAAUAGACCAGAAGCUGGAAAUAACAUGCAUUUCCGGCAGCAGCAGAUGUCAUCGCAAAAGCAGCUCAGGCCAUUGUACCAAGCUAAGACACAACGACCAACACAGCAAGAAUAAAUUUUAACUGCCAAAAAAGAUACUGUUCAACAGGGUUCAUGUGAUUCAUAAUAUUGCUGAUCUGUACAGUAAAAUAUGUUCUAGAUUGGUACAAUUCUUAAGCUAUUUCACAGCAAAGAAGAGGCACUUGCUGAUGAUUCAGGAUUUGAAGGAGCAAAUUUGUUGUUUAUUAUCGGAAGCUUGCGCAUCUUCUGUUUUUAGUGUAUUGAUAUGUUACCACCAAGGUCAUUUUAGUGGGCUGCACAUCUGUAAAUUAGAACAUCUUACAAGUUAGGAGUAUGGUGAUGGUAGACACUCGAGGUCUAUGAUAGUAACUUGUUUCAAUUGUAAUAGAAAUCAGGUUAGUCACAGUACGAAAUGUACAACAAUUGCUAAUAUUUACAAUUUACAAUUUACAAUUUUGCUGAUACUAACAACUUUCUUUCCUCAAUAUAUGAUUUCAGAACUUGUUA